AACUACUUUCAACUUCACACAUUCCCACCCGGGAGGCUGCAGGCGGCACCCCUGCCCCGCGGCCGGAGCCGGAGGUGGGGCGACGGGCUGCAGGUGCCCGGCUCGGGUCCGCCCUCCGGCUGCAUUACGUAGCAGGUUCCCGUUCCCACACGCGUUUGUCCUCUCAGUCGAGAGUCGCCUUCGCCGCCGCCGGUCGUCCGUCCCGUUCGCACCGGCCUUUCGAUUUCCCUUCGGCGGUCGCUGGCUCCGAUUGGCUUCGCUCAAGAACUUUCUCUCAAAUAUAUUCGGAGGAUUGAUUUUUAAUCGAAAGGAACUCCCCCCCCCCCACUUACCUUUGGCCGGGCUGCGCCCCCUCCCCCGGGAGUGUGGUUCGAAUCCCCGUCCGUCGCCGACUACCGCAGUGCGGGACAGAGGGCGCUUGCGGCCGAUGGUAGGCCUGGGGAGCGGGCGGCGUAGUGCCCGCUCGACGCCGCUGCUGUUCCUGCUGUUGGCGCUGGGGGCGUGCCUGGCCUUCCUGGCGCUCAGCUACUGGGUGUCGAGUUCCCGCGGCGCCGAGCUGCGGGAGCGGGUGGCCGUCCUGGACGCCAAGGUGCGGCGCGCCGCCGCCGAUGUGAGCGCCGCCGAGCUGCGGAGGCACCAGUUGCAGGUGCAACUGCAGAAUCAACUCGAGGGCCACCAGGAGGAGAUCGGGCAGCUGGUGCGGCUCCACCGACAGCAACUCCAGUCCAAGGCCAGGGUCUGCAGUGAGGAAAAGGAGGAUCUGAAUAAGAACAUUACGAGUAGCACAAAGGUUAUACACACACUGCAAGAACAAUUUCAACAAUUGCAAAUGGGGUAUAGCCAAUUAAAUCAAAAGUUGCAGGAACUGCAAAAAAAGUUAGCCUAUGACAUUACUCAGUGCAGUAAUCAAAUAAAUGAUCAAAAAGAGUUGUAUGAAGAACAGAUUAAGGAGCUAAACAGGAGACUUGCUGAUGCCACAAAGUCCCAGGCUGGAAACAGAAACACUGAAGCAACUGACCAAACCAAAUUACUGCAGAAAGAGCACAAGUCAGCAGAAAAGAAAGAGAUCACUGAACCAUCAAAUGAAGAAUCCCAGUCUCCAAAAGAAAAUGAUCACACAAGCCAGUUAGAAGUUAAAACAAAUAAAAUUGCUAACUCUACAAAGUCUACAUUGGAACCUGAAAGUAACAAGGUACUCAAUACAGGUGCCCUUGAAAAUAUGAAUGGAACUAUUGUUAACAAUGAAAUACAAAUGAACACAAAUCCAGGUGUAGAUGAAAAUAAUCAAGAUCACUUGGAUACAGUGAAACAGGGAAACACAGAUUACAGUAGGGAUGCUGGUGAUGCUGUAGCCAAAGAGUCAGCACUUCAGAAUGACAUAGAAGUGUGACAUAAAGAAGCUCAAGAGAAUUCUUGAACAAAAUGAGGAUCAGAACAUGAAACAAAUACUGUGAAGGAGACUGCUUGAAAGUAGUUGUUUGAGUAGAUUUGUUAUUAUUGCACUUUUUUGGUUGACUUUUUGAUGCCCAUAAUGAGAUGUAAUCAGAAUUGUGUGGGGCCCUCCUUAAAAAUAGCCUGAAUUUGUACCAAGGACCAUGUCUAUGUGGUCUGUAGUUUAGAAAGCAAAGGGAAUGGGUGACUUAUGAUUUGUUCAGAAUUUAAGUAAUGAACUAUUUAGUAACUAUUUGAGUUGAAUUCAUACAGGAGGCUUCAAUUGGUUGAGUGCAUUAAUUGAAACAUAUUUUGAAAUUGGAUACUCUAAAACAUUAGCUGUUUUAAAAUGAUUAUAGUCACAUUGUAAUGAUGUCUUACGUCAGACACCAUUUUGUGUCACACUCAUAAGUAAUGCAACGGUUUGUGCAUAUCUUUUACAACCUAACUUCAAUACAGACGUGUUUAUGAAUGUUUUAUUUUUAUUUUUUAAAACUAAGUUCUGAAGGGCAAGGAGAUGCCCAACUUAGGUUCUUGUUUAUGUUAAAAUAGUGUAGUUCAACUGUCUCUUUGCGUUGGUGGGUUUUUAGAGAAAAUACAUUGUUGAAUAAUUGCUUUCAAUCACUAAAGCAACUUAAUUAGAUCUUUGACCAGUAACUCAGAAAAUGUAAAUGGGUUUCUUCCUAAAUAAAAUAAGUUAAUGCAAUUCCUGCUGCUUGUGUCUGAAUAGCUGGGAUUGGAUUUUUUGAUAUUUGUCCUUCAUUCUGAUAUACUUAAUUAUUACAUAGCAUGAGAAUAUCAUAGUUGGGCAUAUUCUCAAUCCCUUCUACAUCUGUCUACUGACAAUAAAAAUGCAACUUGCCUGCUUGGGCCAAAUCUACAUAGCCAGAGAUUGUGUUCUUUAAUGUUCUCUGUCUAAUCUUUGUCUGAGAGCUGAAUGUUUACUUCAAAAUAAAAAGAUUAUUGCUUCA